UCACUAUUACACACGAUUGGGCUCUAAUUGGGCGUUUAAAAAUAUUAUUUAUCAAGUGCUGAACUAGAAAAAAAAACAACCUGAUACACGAAAGCUGCAACACUGCUCCCUAACCUUUUUGAGAAAAUAACUCGAAAUCUCCAAAAAUGUCGGAUCUUGGCUCAGACUACGACGAAGAGGAACAAGGGCCUUAUUUGGGGGAAUACGAGGGGGAACGGAAUGAGAAAGAGGAGAGACAUGGUAAAGGAAAGGCCACACUACCCAACGGAGACACUUAUGAGGGCAUGUAUGAGUUUGGCAAGAGACAAGGCCAGGGUGUGUACAAGUUCAAGAAUGGUGCCCGGUACAUGGGCGAGUACAAACACAACAAGAAGCAUGGGACGGGAACAUUCAUCUACCCAGACGGCUCCAAGUAUGAGGGCAACUGGGUGGAUGACCAGCGUCACGGCUUUGGUACCUACACCUAUCCCAACGGUGACACCUACGAAGGCGAGUGGCAGAGCCACCUGCGGCAUGGCCAAGGUGUCUACACCUACAAGGACACGGGCACGCGCUACGUCGGCACCUGGGUGAACGGCAAGCGUGAGGGUGCCGGAGAGUUGAUCCACGCCAACCAUCGUUUCCAGGGAGGAUGGAUCGCUGAUCAGCCACAAGGGAAGGGCAAGUAUUUGUUUGACAUCGGAUGCGAACAGCACGGUCAGUACGUCCCAGUGGAGCAGCCACAGAAUGGCGACCAAGAGGAUGAAGAGGCACAGACUGUCACGAUUCCCAAAUGGCGGGCCGGAGAGAUCCGGGCCGUCAGCGAGUACAACCCAGCGGAGGAGCUAGCGGCAGCCGCAGCAGCUGAGGCGGAAGCACAGCGGGCUGCUGAGGAGGAAGAGGAGAAGAUGGAGGAAGGUGGGCAGGAAGCAUCGGCGGAGGGAGGUGCGGAGGGGGAAGCAGCUGCAGCCCAAGAAGGAGCCACUGAGGGCGAACCAGUUGCACCCCCGGAAGGAGAAGGGGAGGCUCCACCUCCAGCGGAGGGGGAUGAAAGCCAACAGGAAGCUGCCGAUGAAGGUGGGGAGGGUGACGAUGAUCAGAAACCGCCUUCACCGGUAGUGGAAGAGGCCGAAGAAGCAGAUUAAAGGGGAGUUGAGGUACAGCCCUAUGGAUUGGGGCAUUUUUGAAGGGGGGAGGUUCGUUGUUUGAAGAACUGUGGGAUGGUGACCGGUAUCGUUGAGGGACACAUCUAUCUGGCCGUUGUGUUCUGAAGGAAGAGGUAGAAAUUCUGGCGUGAUAUGUCAAAACCAGACUCUUCUGAUCACUCUUGGAAAUGGAAAUACCACAAAACAAACAAAUGUUUUCACCUCUUAUGAACUUCAAAUUUGUACAUUUUGCUCAAGACAGUCCAUUUUCGAGAAUUAAAUCUCUCCAAGGGGGAAUAUCUGAAUUUAUACAGCAGAAUAAAAGUUUCUGACCAGCUCCCUAGAAGAACUUGGUUUUGACACAUCGCAGAUGUUCGUUGGGUUACUCCAGUCGUUUCUCAAUGCCAGUUUGAAGGACCUGUGUCUGUAAUGACGCCUUCACUGGGCUGUUCCCUUUUCUUGUUGUGUGUACAUAGUUUCCUGGCACUUGCUGCCCUAUUGCUCUAAUUGGGGUCAGUGUUUUUUAACUGUAGAGAAAAUUGGAUACAAAUAAAAAAGAAGUUCUCUUUAAAUUCACUUUCCGAGGCAUAUUGUAUUGUGCAAGUGUUGAACGGAUUCAGAGUCAAAAAUGGACAAAGUUCUGUGCUGCAUUGGCAAGUUACAAAUUCAUGCGUAAGGCUGUAACCAGGGACAGACCCUGACAAGUUUUUUUUGGGGGGGGUAAUAAAUUGGUUUUUGUUGGCCGAAAAUGUUGCAAAUGUUUUAUGUAACUUUUUUUAUGGCCUUGCUUCGGGUUAACGCUACAGUUUGGUGCUUGUCACACCCUUUUAUAAGAUAAUAGACCAAAACAAUUGCCGCUCUCAUAGAAACGAAUUUGGUGGGGGAGGGUGUGUAGCUUUCUUUGCCCCUCCCUGGCCCAGGAUCUGCCCUUGGCUGCGACCAAAUCAGGUACAUCUAUUUUUGUGGCUAUGACUAUGGCUAUAAGUUUUGUCACUGAUGCACUGUGCUGAAUAGCCACAGCCCAGUCAAUGUGGCUGUGUUUAUUGCACCCUAUCCUCUCUGAGAAUUGUCAACAAGUUUUGGUUCCAAAGUCUGAAGUUGGCGCUACUCUCUGUACAGCUCUGAAUGUAAAGAUGGUACACCGCCCUCUAUGGUUCAUUUUCAGAUAACUCUACUGCAGCAGCCAAAAUAGUAAAGUUGCUUCAACUGCAUUUAAAAUUGCAUAUUGUCUCUUAGUUAUCAAAAGAACGGUUAAUGAUUUGUACGAAGGGUUUUCAGGCAAAAAAGACGUUUCGGCAAAAAAAAUUUUUACGAGUAAAGGAAAAAGCUGGAGUAGCAUUGAAUUUUGAUGUAAAAUGCAUCAGAAAAAUGAUGCACAGACAGGGUUUUCAAAAAGUUGGAUAGGUUGUUUCAUUCAAUUGUGCUUUAAUACAAAAUAUCUGGCCCCAUUUGGUUUUCCUUUUGGGGGGAAGGUGGUUGCUGGUACAUCAUGAGCUUAGAGGAGGGGACCUGCUUCCAGAUCAGAAAUAUGCCCAAACUGUGGCCAGGUGCAGGCACCCAAGUUAGAGAUGAUGCCCAAACUACAUGUAUGGCCAUGUGCCCAGAUCAGAGGCAAGAUGCCCAAACUAUGCCAAAGGUCACAACUGCAUUUUUAUAUGAAAAGUUUGAGCAGUGACCAAUCGUUGACCACUGAUCAAUUUUCCCUGGUGACCUGAUCACAAAGUACAUGUACAUUCAGGGUACCAAGCAAUAUCCAUCGGUGGAUGACAACUGAUUGCUCGAAACCGCCCAUAGUUUGGGAUAGUCCACUUGUGCUGAAGGCACAGACAACUUGCAGCACUAGAGUUUUGGGUUGUCCAACUGUUGUAUUAUUUAACAGAUUUCCUCGUUACUGUUCAAUUUCCUGUGUUUAUGAGCGAGCAUACAAAAUUUAAGUACAUGUACCUGGAUUAGAGCCGUCCGUCGAAGAGAACUUCAUUAAUGAAAUUGAAAUUUCUGAUUUUUAAUGGAUUUUUUUUUACAGUUUGAAUAAUCCUGAUUGUUUAUUUAUAUGUAUUAAUAAUAUUCAGUGCCUUGUUGAUUUGAAAAUGAAUUAAAAGUUUGCGAACAUGUAUUCCUGGGAAAUGUGA